GCCAGGCGGGGGCAGAGACUUGAGACCCGCCCUGCCUGGCAUGGCUUUCCAUCAGGCGCAGCCUCAGCCACGAUUUGGACCCGACGGGCAGGAGAUCGUAGAUUUUACGCCGCCCCAACUCCCACCAGGCGGCCAAGCAUGGGGCCCACCAAUUCUACCCAGAGGUAUGGAGAAUGCCGUUGACUACGCAGGCGUAGCUCUGAGGCCUAUGGUAAGGCCUCUGUUGCCACAAGCUCCUUCUGGCGUUGGAGUUGUGGAAACGAUUGGCUGUUCAGUUCUGAGGCCAGCCGUUUCUGACCAUGCGAAGCUUCCAGCUCGCUUAGCUGCAGAAGUGGAAGAGGUAGCCAGUUCUGUCAGUUCCGUCAUCAAGGCGCAGGUGCAGGAGCCUAUGGAGCAAGGUAUCUCUGAUCUGCAAAAGGGGCCCGAGUGGGCCGGGUGCGAUCAGUCCCCGGCACAGUCUACAAGCGCGGUGCCUCGCGAAGCAGGUCAAGCGCCAUCCGUGGUGUACCCAGACAAGAUCCAAUUAGAGCAGGCAGAGGUAAACACCUCGCCAGAACCAGGCGAAGAGCGCCGCAAGGUUGAGGAUGCAGCUGCGGAGGCUACGCAGGCGCUGCGAGCCAUAGCGGCCGAGGCUGAGGCUCGGGUUCAGGCAGAGCGCCAGGCAGCAGCAGCUGAGGUCAUGGCACAAAAGGCUCAUCACGAUGAGGCUAUGGCUCGAAUCCAAGCUGAGCUCAGUGAGCUCAAGGCGCAGGCAGCAGCCCGGGAGAGCCUGGAGGCUUCGCUGAAUGGAGCGGCAAUGGCCCGCAUAGAAGCAGAGCUUGCGGAGCUGAAAGCUGCGCAGGCGAAGGCAGCAGCUCGAAGCGUGGAAACCAUAGCUUUCCCGGCGACGUCCCCGCAGGCUGCUUCGCAGACUAAUGCUCCACCAGCUGAGACUCAGCCAUCGGCUCCCGUGGCAGCAACUCGAAGCGUGGAAACGCUGGCUUCCCCAGCGACACCCUCGCAGCCGGCUUCGCCGAGUGAUGCCCCGCCAACUGAGACACAGCCCUUGGCUUCGGUCGAAACUCGCACGGAAAGUCCUGCGCAGCCACAGGUAAAAAUGCAGGCUACCGAAGACGAAAGGAAGCCCAGGCUUACUUUGGAAAAAACCAUCGUUGUCAGUGAGGCAAUGCAUGGGCACAACAGCUCACCAAGAAGAGAUGUGAGCUUGGACAAGACCAUCGUUGUGGUAGACGCGGAGGAGCCUGCGCAAUCUGCGCACAAAGCCUUUGCUCCAGAAAGCGCCUCUGUUGGGAUCGACUGCCUGGAACAAACAGUGGCUGUGGACAUUCCCUGCAGCAAAAGCAACCCAUCUGUGUCGUUUGUGGCUCCUGGUGUGGCGCCGGGUGUGACGCCUGGUGAGCCCUUGCUGUUCGGAUCCGACAUUUUACUUGCCGUCGAGAAAGCCAGGGCGGCUGUUGCAGAGCUGCAGCGCCGUGCGGGCAUAAAGCAAGAUCAGGAGGCAUCGACACCCAGACGGCUGGCAAAGCUGGAGGAGUCAUCGCCAGGUGACGCUCCAUUUUGCCAUGAUGUUGUUGGUUUGAACAUUCUACUCUCACAGGACGGCUACACUGCGACUCGCAGCUGCGGCUGCAGGGAGUCGGUGGCCAUUUGCAAGAGACCUCUAAUGCAGCAGAGUGAAGGGCGAUACUUCGAGGUAGAGGUUGGCCAAACAGUGGAUGGCUGGAUGGGCGGGCUGGGAAUUGGAGUCACCCACUCAAGUCCAAGCGACUUGAAGGACCAGCGACUUCCUGACAAAGCUUGGAGGGUGCCACAAACUUUCAUCUUGGGAUAUACAGGCAACAAGUACCUCAAUGGCAAGGAGGGCACCAUAAACUGGCAGUCAGAUCAGCUCCAAGUCGGGCAACGCAUUGGGCUCCUAAUAGCUGGGGGUGGUGACCUCCAUAUCUUUGUGGAUGGAAACGAAGUGGCCCAUGUGGAGGAGGCGGAGAUGCGCUCUGCCGGCCUCAGAAGGCAGGAGCCGCUGUACGGCAUUGUCGAUGUCUACAACGCGACUCUGUCCGUAAGGCUCCUGCCAGGGGCGGCUGCGCCUCGAAAGUCUUGA